AUGGCGCGUCGCAGGGUGGCUCCAGAGAACCGAAUCCGAGCUGCCCAGGCGUGUGAGAACUGCAAGAGACGGAAGCAGAAAUGCAAUGGCACUAUUCCCUGUGCUAACUGUAGCAAGCGCAGGGUGCAAUGUUUCUUUGACGCUCCUGUGCCUGCAACUGGGACAGUUUCGGUGGUAACUAAUGCAGUGCCAGAGCAGCGCAAGAACAGUAAGAAACGCAAGCUGGGAGACUCGACUACUCCAGAUGUCGCAUAUCGACAACAACAAACAUCGACACCCGAUGUCUUGCAUCAUGAUCGCCCUGGUGGAGGCGCUCCUUCUCCGGCCACGUUGAGUGAGACCGCCCAUUACUCGCCAGAGCAGCUGGGUAUUGCUGCGCGUCAUUCUCCUUCGCAACGCCAAGAGCGAAACCGAGAUUCUUUGCUGGUGAUGAAUACGUCCGUUGGAACCCCUGUACAAACCGACAAUGUCGCGGAGGGUGCGGCAUCUGAUGAGACUGAUGAAGCCGAAAUACAAGGCAUGUCCCGAAUGCUAGACGACGGCAAGGGGAGAAUGCUCUAUAUUGGUGAUGCUGCUCCAUUGUCAUAUUUGCAGACCAUUCGCCAGCUUGUCAGCAGCGUAAUGGGCACUUCGAUGUUCACGGUUGAUCCGCAUCGACACAAUAUCCUUGAAGCAUCAAUGCAGGCACAGCCUACUACCUUUCAGUACGCAUUUACGCUUCCAGACCGGGAAGCUGCGUUGUUUCUUGUGGAUUCUUUCUUCGCCAAUACAAAAGGAAUGCUGCAUCUUUUUGACGAGAACAUAUUCAAGCAACGAGUUGAGCGCACGUACCAAAACCCGCUCGCCGCAGACCAGUCAUGGAUGUGCAUUCUGUAUCUGGUUUUCGCUGUUGGUCUCCAACUGCGGUCGAGCUCGUCGCAACCAUCGGCCAAGGAAGCCGCUAUUUUAAAGCGAUUACUUUCUGACAAGCUCGAUCGUAGUGAGAUGUUUUUCCUAGGCGCAAGGCACCUUAAGGAUUCGGCCUCGGGCAUUGAAGAUGGGGACUUUGCGUCUAUCCAAGCCUUGCUGUUGAUGACUUUGUAUAUGCUAUCUGUCGGAAAACGAAACACCGCUUGGGCUUAUAUUGGUAUGGCUGUGCGACUUGCUUACGCGUUAGGGCUGCAUAGAGCCGAGACGCAGCGGGUUUACGAUGAGACUGAGAGGACGUCCAUGUCCUUGCCUAGGGUCCUCUUAUGGCGUAGUCUCUACGUGAUGGAUCGAUUUUUGGCGUCCUGCCUUGGCCGACCAACUGCAAUUCAAGACGAAGAGAUCUCCGAGGAACUCUUCCCCACAAGAGAACGAUUAAUCAGCACAACACCAGGAUUCGUUGAAAACUUUGAAUUUGAAGCUCUCUUUGCUUCUGUACGAGCAGCCCAGAUACACGGCACUAUUCUCCAUCAGAUAUAUCGAUCACGCAAAGUGUCGCUACGAAUUGCGAGAACAAUCGCAGUCCAAAUUCACGAAUGGACACUGUCCCUGCCUGAGAUAUUGCAAUGGCGUCCUACUCCAAUGCCGCAUGACGACCCGGGUAAAGCCAUGGGCCAAUUACAUGUGUGGAUGACAUACUUUAGUACAAUCAUCCUCCUGACGCGGCCAUUCUUGCUGCUCCACGUAAAGAAGAUUAUCUCACAGCAACAGCAGAGGCCCAAGCCUUCUGGUCAUAGAUCACCAGUCUCAGAAGCUGUUGCGAGUUCUCCUGGUGAGAUUCGAGUGGCAGACAAUCCUGAGCUCAACAAGUAUUCCGCUGCAAACUGGAUGUUCAUCGCAGCUCUCGUCGUGUUAACAAACUCAUUUUUCAACGUCUACGAAAACCCAGAGAACGACUCAGUAGCACAAACUGCGAUUUAUUUACACCAGCAUUUCUCCGACUGCGAUCCUCUGGCAGCACGAUAUCUACAAAUUCUCCGCUCGUUUCUGAAAACGAUUGCCGAUCGUCGAUCGAUGAAUGGAUUGUUAGGGACAGUGAGCAAGGAUUACGCGCUGAAGGAUCCAAUUGAGGAUCUUUUCUCGGGGAAAGCCGCAGCGCAGCCGCAUCAUCAGAAUCAUAUUAACUUGUUGUCGCCGGAUAUAGCGCGACAAGACCAUUUAGCGACAACUGCAACCACAGCGCAAUCCGUUCAGUUGCCGGCCUGGGACUGGUCUACUACUACUUCCAUCCAACCUCAAAUCAGUGCGUCCCGAGAUACUCUGCCCAGCAUGCCGACAGGUUUGGAAAUGAACAACAACAAUAACAAUACCUACAACAAUGACUUCGCGCAUAACGUCGAAGGACUCGUGUUUCCCGGCGCAGAGGAUCUAUUAGGCCCCGACCCGGGACCUAUUCUUGAGGAAGUGAUUCAUUUUGAUAUGCUGUGGCCGUUGAAUCAAGACACGGGGUUAUAUUCGGGGAACAUACCCAUGUAUGGAAUGGAUAAUUAUCUGUGA